AUGAGCGUAAAUUUAAAUAAUAAUAAAAAUAAUAAGAAUAAAGUUGCUAUUGGUUUUAUAAGUGGAAGUUUAGCUUCAAUAUGUGCUACAACAGUUACAAAUCCAAUUGAAUUAGUAAAAACAAGAUUACAAUUACAAGGUGAAUUACAAUUAUCACAAAGAAUAUAUAAUGGAGUAUGGGAUGCAUUUAAACAGAUUUACAAGACAGAAGGUAUAAGAGGAUUACAAAGUGGUUUAAUACCUGCAUAUUUUUCACAAGCAACAAUGCAAGGAAUUAGGUUAGGUAGUUUCGAUUUAAUAUCAAAUGCACUUGGUGCAAAACCAAAUCAAGAUUACUUUUUCUUAAAGAAUUUAUUAGCUGGUGCAACUGCUGGUGCUAUUGGUGCUGCUGCUGGAAGUCCUUUCGAUUUGGUUAAAGUUAGAAUGCAAGCUGCUAACAUGUAUAAAAACGAUCCACAAUUUGUUGGUUAUUCAUCUUCUUUUGCUGCAUUUAAACAAAUUAUACAAAAAGAAGGUUUCAAAGGUUUAACCAGAGGUAUGUUAACCUCUGCUCAAAGAACUGCUGUUGGUUCUGCAAUUCAAUUAUCAACUUAUGGUUCUUGUAAAAAUUUAGUUUUAAAUUUCGUUGAUGAUGGUAUUUAUGCAUAUAUAAUAUCGAGUAUGGUAGCAGGAUUUAUAGUAACAUUUGGUAUGAAUCCAUUUGAUGUUGCAAGAACAAGAUUAUAUUUUCAAGGUAAAGGUAAUUCACAUGGUGAAAUUUAUAAAGGUUUAAUGGAUUGUGUUUAUAAAACUGUUAAAAAAGAAGGUUUUGGUGCGGUUUAUAAAGGAUUUUGGGCACAUUAUCUUAGAUUGGGUCCUCAUACCAUUCUAACUUUAGUAUUUUGGGAACAAUUUAAAAAAUUAUUUUCUGGUGAAUUAUAA